CCUCUUCCACUUGCCUCUUGCCACCACCAUCUCUCUUCCCCUCUGUUUUUUUUCCUCUUCAAAAUUUAUUGAGCUUCAAAACCCAUUAAAAAGAGGAAGAAAAAUCGACAGUCUGAUUGUCCCAAAAAGUCUUUCCUGCUUUUUUUUGGAAGCAACAGGUUCAUAUAAGAGAGAGGAAGAUGGGUUCAGGGGAGAGGAGACGGGGUGCUGGUCUGUUGGGCGUCUUGCUAUUGGCGAUCUUGGUGGUGGCGGAGACAAGGGCGGCGGAGGUUAGUGGAGUGAAGCCGGGACACAGAAACGCGUAUGCUACGAUGAUGUACAUGGGGACGCCGAGAGACUACGAAUUCUAUGUAGCUACACGUGUCUUGAUCAGAUCGCUGGUCCGCCUCGGUGUGGAUGCUGAUCUCGUCGUCAUUGCCUCCGUCGACGUCCCUCUCCGUUGGGUUCGCGCCAUGGAAGAUGAGGAUGGGGCAAGGGUGGUGAGGGUGCCGAAUCUGAAUAAUCCGUACAAGAACCAGCCCUAUUUCAACAAGAGAUUCAAGUUAACACUAAACAAACUCUACGCAUGGAGUCUUGUGGAUUAUGACAGAGUUGUGAUGCUCGAUGCAGACAAUCUCUUCAUCAAAAAAACCGAUGAGUUGUUCCAAUGUGGACAGUUCUGUGCAGUCUUUAUCAACCCCUGCAUCUUCCACACUGGCCUCUUUGUAUUGCAGCCGUCGAUGGAUGUGUACAAUGACAUGAUUCAUGAGCUGAAAAUUGGGAGGGAGAACAGAGAUGGUGCCGACCAGGGUUUCAUUACUAGCUACUUCCCUCAAUUGCUUGACCGUCCAAUGUUCCACCCCCCUGUUAAUGGCACCAAGCUUGACGGACAUUAUAGACUUCCUUUGGGCUAUCAAAUGGAUGCCUCUUACUAUUAUCUCAGACUUCGCUGGAAUGUACCCUGUGGACCUAACAGUGUCAUCACUUUCCCUGGUGCUCCAUGGCUCAAGCCAUGGUAUUGGUGGGCAUGGCCUGUUUUGCCAUUAGGCAUUCAAUGGCACGAGCAACGCCGUCAAACUCUAGGAUAUGGUGCCGAGGUAUCCAUGGUACUAAUCCAAUCCGUAAUAUAUUUGGGGAUAAUGGUGGUGACACGCCUGGCACGUCGCAACAUGUCAAAACUGUGCUACCGAAGGUCAGACAAGAGCUCAUUAUUAAUGCAAACCGGCCUCAAGGUCAUAGCAAUUUGGUCUAUUCUCGCAGCCUAUACAGUCCCCUUCUUCCUUAUACCCUGCACAAUCCAUCCAUUGGUUGGAUGGGUAUUAUAUUUCCUGGGCACCUUCGCGCUUUGCUCUGUAGCAGUGAAUGCGUUUUUGCUACCAAUGUUGCCAGUUUUGGUUCCAGCGCUGGGGAUCUUCGGGUCCCUCCUUGUCAUGGCAUAUCCUUGGUAUCCAGAUGGGGUCAUGAGAGCUCUAGCUGUUUUUGGCUACGCUUUUUGCUGUGCACCUAUUGCAUGGACAUCAUUGACAAAGGUCAUGGCAAGUCUUCAGGUCUCCCUGGAAAAGGGGGCAAUUUUCCCUAAAGUUGGGAGAUUCUCCAACUCCUGCCCUUAACAAGUUGUAUUGAGGUACAAACAGGACUUACCAUGAUCCUUGUAUUAUGUUGUAAUGGAAAGGGGAAAGAGGAUGAUGAAAAUGAUUCUUUUUUUUUUUUUUUCUCUCUUUUUUAAUAUCUUUUUUCUUUUUAGAGAAAAAGAAAACAACAUAUUGAGACGAAAAAUUGUUACUUGUGCUCAACAGGUACAAAAGUGGAUGGUA